GCGGCCCCCGCGGCUCCGCCGCCGCCGCCGCCCCCCCCGCCGCCGUCUCCUCCGCCGCCGGCUCCUCCACCAGAACCAGAACCUGAGCCCGAGCCUGCUCUGGGACCCUGUCCAGAGGCGAUUCCAGAACCAGACACAGAACCAGACACAAAAUCAACUCCAGAACCUACCCCGGAGCCGGACCCAGGACCAGACUCAGAGCCGGACCCAGAGCCGGACCCAGAACUUGUCCCAGAACCGGCCCAGGAGCCGGUCCCAGAAUUUGCCCCAGAGCCGGCCCCAGAGCCGACCCCAGAACCUGCCCCAGGUCCAACCCUAGAGUUGGCCCCUGAACCGACUAGAGAGCCUACCCCCGAUCGUGACACAGGGCUAGCCCUAGAGUCAGCCCCAGAACCUGCCACGGAGAGGGCCUCAGAGUUCUGCCUUGAGCUAACUCCAGAGAGUCCAGAGAUGAGUUUAGCACUACAACUGUUGCAGCUUCAGUUGAUCGCGGCAGAGAAAGGUCUAAAGCCAUCUCCAGUGCCAUCGCCCAGACCGCAAAUAACAUGGUCCAGAAUAAAGAAAAUACUGAAGGAAGGACCCCUGCUAAAGAACUGUAACUCCUUCAAGAGAUGGAAGCUUAGAUAUUGCAUGAUUCAAGGACAGAAGCUCUACUUUGCACACCAUCCUUCGUUUGCACACUGUGAAACAAUUGAUCUGUCUCAAGUUGCUUUGGCCGAAAGUAGCUGGAGAAAUCUUUGCCACGGUUUUUGUGUUAUCACACCACAUCGAAAAAUCUCCCUGGUUGCACCCAGUCGGAAAGACAUGGAAGAAUGGAUUAACGUCAUAAAAACUGUCCAACAGGGAGAAAUCUAUGAGAUACCUCCAGCUGAAAACAACCCUUUCCUUAUCGGAAUGCACUACUGGUAUUCCAGCUCUAGCCCUCGGACUCAGUUCUGCAAUGUUUGUCGCGAGAGCAUUCCUGCCUUAUCUCGAGAUGUCAUCAUCUGUGAAGUCUGUAAGGUGAAAUCACACAAAUUGUGUGCUUUGAGAGCAAGCAAAGACUGCAAGUGGAAUACUUUGUCCAUAACUGAUGACCUCCUUCUACCCGCUGACGAAAUAGAAACCAUGCCUCAUCAAUGGGUAGAAGGAAAUAUACCUGCCAACUCUCAUUGUGCAGUAUGUCAUCGAAUCUGCGGUAGUCAUCACAGACUUCAAGAUUUCCGCUGCCUCUGGUGUGACUCCACGGUGCAUGGGGCCUGCCAGAGGCGUUUUUCCAAGGAAUGUUCCUUUGGAAAUCGUCGCUCGUCAGUUGUACCGCCUACUGCACUGAGCGACCCCAGAGGCGAUGGCCAAUUAGUGGUAUCGCCUGACUUCUGGGAUCUUGACUGGCCACUGACUUGUUCCUGUCCCUUGCUCGUCUUCAUCAAUUCCAAGAGUGGAGAUCAUCAAGGGAUCAUCUUCCUCCGAAAAUUCAAGCAGUAUCUUAAUCCAUCUCAAGUAUUUGACCUGUCGAAGGGUGGACCUGAAGCAGGCAUCUGUAUGUUCAAGAACUUUGCUCGUUUUCGUGUUCUGGUUUGUGGUGGAGAUGGCAGUGUAAGCUGGGUCUUAUCUACAAUUGAUGCCUAUGGAUUGCAUGAUAGGUGUCAACUGGCAGUCAUCCCACUUGGAACUGGUAAUGAUCUCGCUAGAGUCCUUGGCUGGGGAGCAUUCUGGAAUAAAAGCAAAUCACCAGUGGAUAUUCUCAACAGAGUAGAGCAGGCUCAUGUGAGGAUUUUGGACAGAUGGAGUGUGAUGAUCCGUGAGACCCCCAAACAAUUCCCACUGCUAAAAGGACAGGUGGAAAUGGAUGUGCCAAGAUUUGAGGCUGCUGCCAUCCAGCGUGUACAGACUGCAACCACUGAGUUGAACAAAAUCCUGAAGGCCAGGUACUCCACCGAGGUGGUCAUCGCCACUAGAUUCCUGUGCUCAGCAGUGGAAGACUUUGUGGCGGACAUUGUAAAGGCCUGGAACCAGAUAAGACAGAACAAUACAGCAGUUCAGUCUGUGAUUUUGAAAAGUGACUUGAUGUAUGAUAAACUCAGUAUCCUUAUUGACAUCCUGGCUGAGGAUGCAGAUGCUACUGCUGCUGAGGAAGGAGCCACAGCAUAUGUAGAAUGUGCCAGAGCACAUGGAAAGCCCUCCGUUCCUCAAAUAAACCACAUCACAAGGUCCAAACUGGAGUUGUCUGCAAGGGCUCACAACCUCCAGAAGUCCUUGAAACUCAUCAUAUUCCAGGUUGAACAAGUUCUGGAUGAAGAAAGCAGACAGUCCUUAUCAGUUAAGAACUUCUCAUCAGCUUUCUUCCUGGGAGAAGAUGACUCAGAGGACUUUACUCAGAUGAGCCCAAGACACCGUUCUUAUUAUGACACCUUAUCUUCUAUACCUUCUCUCAAAAGUGAAGACCUAGAUAACCUUAACUUAGAACACUUAUAUUAUACGCCGGAAACGAUACGCUUGAAGGAAAAGUGUGUCAUGAACAACUACUUUGGAAUUGGACUAGAUGCAAAAAUUUCUCUGGAGUUCAAUACCAGAAGAGAAGAACACCCAGAACAAUACAAUAGCCGCCUUAAGAACAAACUAUGGUAUGGUCUCCUGGGAAGCAAGGAACUGCUGCAGCGCUCCUAUAGGAAGCUGGAAGAGCGGAUACACCUGGAGUGUGAUGGAGAAGUCAUCUCCUUGCCAAACCUUCAAGGCAUUGUAGUGCUCAACAUUAACAGCUAUGCUGGAGGUGUCAACUUCUGGGGAAGCAACAGAGCAACCGCAGAAUAUGAUGCCCCUGCAAUGGAUGAUGGGAAGCUAGAGGUAGUGGCAAUCUUUGGUUCUGUGCAGAUGGCCAUGUCUCGUCUCAUGAACCUGCAACAUCAUCGAAUUGCCCAGUGCCAUGAGGUGGUGAUAACUAUUGAUGGUGAAGAAGGUAUCCCUGUGCAGGUGGAUGGGGAAGCUUGGAUUCAGAAACCAGGCCUUAUCAAGAUUAAAUACAAGAAUUCUGCCCAGAUGUUGAUGAGAGAUCGGGACUUUGAGAACUCAAUGAAAACGUGGGAAUGUAAGCAUACUGAAAUCCAGUCUGUCCCACCACCCCAUUUGGACUACCAGGAAUUUCAAGAUAGCCUCUCUGAUGGGGAGUAUGCCCAGAUGCAGCACUUGGCUCGGCAUGCAGAAAACCUCAUUAGCAGACUUAAUGACCUGAGCAAGGUCCACCAGCAUGUGUCUGUCCUCAUGGAUUCUGUGAAUGCCAGUGCUAACAUACUGAAUGAUGUGUUCUAUAGCCAGGACAAUGAUGAGGCGGGUGCAGCUUCCUGUACUCCCAUUGAGACUCUAAGCAGAAAUGAUGCAGUAGAUGUUACAUUUAGUCUUAAAGGGCUCUACGAUGACACCAAAGCUUUCCUGGAUGAAAACUUGUUGAGAGAUGCUGGCGAUAAGGCCAUACUUCAAACUGCACUGGAUGCCAUGAAUAUGGAAUUGAGAAGUGUUCUGGAAAUUGGCUGGUUGAGUCAAAUCCUUCUUCCAGAGGAGCACUCUUCUGACACUAGCAGUCUAAGUCGCAGGUUGAAAGUUAAAUUCCCCAAGUUGGGGAAGAAGAAACAUGAAGAUGAAGAAAAACCAAAAUCAAGCCGUCGAUUCCCUGCUUUUCUUGGCAGGUUCUGGCGUCGCAGAAAUCGUGACAAUGCAGAAAAAAGUGAUGACCCUCCAACACCUUCAAGUUCUCGGCUGUAG